AAAAACAAAGAAAGAAUGGAUAGUUUGUCAGUAAUGCUUCAGUUCGAUGAGGAAAGAAUGCCAGAGAGGGUAAAAAUAGGAUACGUAAGCUAUCCAGUAAGACCUUAUGUGCCUCCUCCGCUUAGAUGCUUCAAGUGCCAGAAAUAUGGACAUGUUAGUGCUGUUUGCAGAGGAAAACAACGCUGUGCGAGAUGUGGGGGUGACCAUGAAUAUGGUAAAUGUGGUGAAGGAGUGAAGGCUAAAUGUUGUAAUUGUGGAGUGCUUCACACUCCAGUCCAGUCGGUGGCGGUAAAUGCACCAAAAAGUUGGUUUGCCAUCCGCCAUAAAAAGGUAAAAGAAGAAGAAGAAGAACUCCCAGAAUGCGAGCAGCAACAAAUAUGGCGGAAUGACUUACAGUUGAAGAUGUUGGCUUGGCGCGUUUCUGUGGCUGCUGCUGUUCGCGGUUUAAACGGAUUUGGUGUCGGAUGCGGCGCUGGAGUUACAGAAGCGGUUUCUCCGCAGAAGAGAAGCAAGAGCGACGCGGUGAACGAACACGAAGAACUUAAGGUGCUCAAAUUCGCCAAGCUGACCGAGAACGCCACGACACCGAGCCGAGGAUCAAGCCGAGCCGCGGGAUUCGACCUGUACAGUGCAUAUGACUACACCAUCGGGCCGAUGGACAAAGCUCUGGUCAAGACAGACAUCCAGAUCGCGGUUCCUCACGGAUACUACGGCCGAGUCGCUCCUCGCUCGGGUCUCGCCGUCAAGCACUUCAUCGACGUCGGCGCUGGCGUGGUCGAUGAGGACUACCGCGGGAAUCUGGGAGUCGUGCUCUUCAACUUCAACAAAGAGCCGUUUGAAGUGAAGAAGGGCGAGCGCAUCGCUCAGCUGAUCUGUGAGAGAAUCUGUUACCCAGAGCUGCAGGAGUUACAGACGCUGGAUGAGACGGAGAGAGGAGCGGGAGGCUUCGGCUCCACCGGCACCAACUGAAACUGUUACUGUCUUAAAUGUUGACGUUGUAAACAAUGUUGUAUUUAAAUUUUACAGUUUAAUGGAGUGAAAUGUGUUCAUUUGAGGAAGAAACAUUUAAUUAAUUUCUCACUUAAUGACAUUGUCUCUCAGUGAAAUAAACAGAAGUUUUUGCAUAAA